UACCAGAACAAGAACACUUAAAAGUUAAAAACGCUAUCCACUCUCUCUCUCUCUCUCCCGACUCCCACUCUUUCAUUCUCUCUCUUUGUUCCUCCACUGUAUCAGUUGGAAGUUCCGACUUAAAAACUGCUAUGCAAAUUCCAACAGCACCUCGUAGCAUCAGCUCAGCUGCUUCAAAUCUGUUCCUUUACUUCCCACCAUUUCACCUUAAUUCCUCUCUUAUCAAACCAACAACCUUAAACUUCCCAUUAAACCAUAAUUUACCCACUUCAAUUUCAAUUCCUACUUUAAUUCCCACUAAAAAAUUGCUCUGUAAACCCCCUUCUGCCAAACAUGUCCGAGAAGAUUAUCUUGUGAAAAAGUUGUCAGCUAAUGAGAUUACGGAGCUUGUGAGAGGGGAGAGAAAUGUGCCCCUUAUUAUUGAUUUUUAUGCAACAUGGUGUGGCCCCUGUAUUUUGAUGGCUCAAGAGCUUGAAAUGUUGGCUGUUGAGUACGAAAAAAAUGCAAUGAUUGUAAAGGUCGACACUGAUGACGAGUAUGAAUUUGCUCGUGACAUGCAGGUACGGGGUCUUCCAACAUUGUAUUUCAUCAGCCCAGAUCCAAAUAAAGACGCAAUUAGAACAGAAGGGCUCAUUCCUAUACAGAUGAUGAGGGAUAUACUUGAUAAUGAUAUGUGAGCCGUGAGUUAGGUGGAACAGAAAAGCUCUUCACAGCAUGCAGUUUUGUUAUUAGCUUCAGGUUAGGUUUCUGAGCCAAUUGUCAGUCUGCACCUCGAUUAUGUUACUUCAGAGGCUAUCUUAGAUAUAUGUUUGUAUUCUUUCCAACUGUAAGCUAUUUUUUUGUUGUUGAAUGGAACGAAUGUAACCUUUAUCAAUGUUUUGAUUAGCUUUGUUCAGUGCAAACUGCCCUGUUCUUGAUGGGAGCUUCAAAGCUGUACUGUAAUCUUCAAUAUAGUAUUUGUUCAAGAGACUAAA